AUGACGACAGCACAGGCCGUGUCGCUCCGUAACGGCACAGCGCCUGGCAGCGGCAGUGGGAGUCCCACCGUCGCGCAGCUCUUGGCUGACGUCCAGACGGCAGUGGCCGAUGACCCGGCGCUGGCCCACAUGUUUGACAUUGAGAACGCCAGUGAACUGAGCGACGCGGAGCUCACGUCGCUCUUGCGGGACCUCUUGAACACGAGCGUCUUGGGGUCCGCGAGCGCCAGUGCAAGUGGUAGUGGCAGCGGUUCCGAAGGGUUCGACGGAUCGAUGGAACGUCGAGAGGACGCGUCGGCCGCGACAGACCCUACGACGCCGUCGGGUGCGCUCAAGAGCUGCUCACUGUCAGGGACCAUAGCCGUCGUGGCGACGGGUGUGGCACUUGGCGUGGCACUGGUGUGGUAG